UUAUCAAAGUGGAGGUUCGUUUUCGGCUAUCCGUAUCGCUGCGUCCCGUCCUGUUUAGAGUUAAAAUACUUAUUUUAGGACUUACGAUUUUAAAAGAUGUCAACGAAGCUCCUUGGGCUUGUCAAGUCCUUUUCCUCUUUGAAAAUAAUCCCGGGCGUACUUCAACACCACAGUAUGGCCCUGAGACGUGAAUCGACCCAGGCUCAGACGGGCCUGAUGGAGUUUUUUGACAUUAAGGAGAACUGGUCAAAAAAGGCGGUCCACGUUGGCCGACCAUGGUCGAAAGAUGAGCUCCGCAGCAAAAGCAACCAGGACCUCCACAAACUUUGGUUUGUCUUGCUCAAGGAGCGAAACAUGCUUCUUACAAUGGAAGAAGAGUAUAAGAGGAAUGUCGAGUUGAUACCAAGCCCGGAUCGUAUCGAUAAGGUGAAAGAGAGUAUGGUGAAUUUGGAGGAUGUCGUGAGGGAGCGUAACCGGGCUUAUUACAUGCUCGAAACAGGUGAGACUGGAGAAAGGCCUGGCAAGGUCAUGUCGAACCCGCUCGGAAUGCAUUUCUUUUUCAAAGCUGGCGAGCAUGUGAUACCAGAGGAAAUGAACGCCCACUGGUACAAGACGAGACGGCUCUACACCAACCGGAAAGAGUGUAUGAGAUUCCUUUUGUUAAUGGGAGAAAAGAAAUACCUGGAGAAGAGGCGCGCCAGGAACCGUGAGAGGAAGCAUGUGAUGCAAAUACUGAAAAGGUACCCGGACGCGGACCUGGAGGCAAUUAAGUUCGAGUACCCAAGCGUGGACAUCGAGAAGGUCAAGUGUUGGAGGAAGGUAAAGGGCCACCAUGUGCCUGAUUGAACCCUCGUCUAUCUGAAAGCGUAGCUAUUUCUUGUAUAUUUAUAUUUAAAAAAUAAACAAAUAAAAAAUUACCUUAAAGUGUAAA